CGUUCGUAAGGGUAAUACUGUCAUUUAGCAAUUCCACCCAUAAAAGGAUGCCGAACUCGUGCUCGCCGGCGACCUAGCCCGCGUAGAAGAAUUCCAAAUAAAGACGGUGAGAUAGAUGGAGACAUAACGUCUUGACCUUUUCUGAUCGAAUGCUUCGCAUACUUCUUCUUUUAAAUCUUCCCCUCGCUUUCUUCGUUCUCGCCACCGAUUCCAAACAAACCCAAGUUACCCAACAUACUCCCUUCUUCUCAUCUCCUCGCUCUCUCCGGCUUGUUUCGCUCCGCGAUUCCCAGAACCAAUGGGAGAAGAAGCACUGAGAGAGCUCCCUCUCUCGGCGGAAUCCGUUCCCAUGGAUCAACACUCACCCACGAUCCCCGCCGGAGCUCCGCUGGGAAAUGGAAAGAUCGCCGGAGAGGAGGAUCGGAUCGUCGGUCCGCCGUCCCAUCUGCCACGGCCAGAGGCGCCGGCGGGGCUGACGAAGACACGGUCGACCGGUCCGGACGAGUUCCCGCCGAUCGAGCGCUCCGUCUCGGUCAACUCCCCCGUCGUGGACGUGUCCUCCAUCGGGAAGUACCUCCGCGAUCGGGGUAACAGCUUCUCGGCGGCGAUCGUGAAGCGGAUCUCAUCCCUCAAAGAAACGGGCGACCCGGUCACCGAGUUCCACCUCUCCGGCCUCAAGGUCAUCGUACGGAUGAAAGGGGACAGGGAGAGGGAAGAAGAGGAAUCCAACGAUCGCGAUCACUUCGAAAUCAAGGGCCGGAUCAGCUUCUUUUCGAAAUCCUGUUGCCGGGAUUGCGGCGCCGUCCGAUCGUUCUUUCGAGAGAAAGGGCUGCCGUACGUUGAGAUCAACCUGGACGUGUUCCCGGAGAGGGUGAAGGAGCUGACCGAACGCUCGGGGAGCGCCGCCGUGCCGCAGAUCUUCUUCAACGAGAAGCUUCUGGGGGGCUUGGUGGCGUUGAAUUCGUUAAGGAAUAGCGGGGAGUUUGAUCGGAGGUUGCGAGAGAUGGUCGGCCGGCGGUGCCCGGAGACAGCGCCGAGCGUCCCGGUAUAUGGAUUCGACGACGAGGAUGAGUUGAAGAAGGAACGAACGGACGCGAUGUUAGGGAUUGUGAGGGUUUUGAGGCAGCGGCUUCCGAUCCAGGACCGGAUAACCAAGAUGAAGAUCGUGAAGAAUUGCUUCUCCGGGAGUGAAAUGGUGGAGGCGAUUAUUCAUCACCUGGAUUGCGGCAGAAAAAAGGCUGUGGAGAUUGGGAAAGAGCUUGCAAGGAAGCACUUUAUAUACCACGUGUUCCGGGAGAAUGAUUUUGAAGAUGGGCACCACCAGUUUUACCGUUUCCUUGAGCAUGACCCGGCAACCACCAAGUGCUUUAAUUUUAGAGGAUCAACCAACGACAACGAGCCCAAGUCCGCAGCUAUGGUGGGGCAGAGGCUAGCCAAGCUGAUGUCUGCAAUACUAGAGGCUUAUGCAUCAGGUGAUAGGCACCAUCUGGACUACGCCCGUAUCAGCACCAGUGAGGAGUUCCGAAGAUAUGUAAACCUGGUGCAAGAUCUGCAACGGGUGAAUCUCUUCCCUCUCCCAGCAGACGAGAAGAUGGCCUUCUUUCUAAACCUCUACAAUGCAAUGGUCAUCCACGCUGUCAUUCGUAUUGGAAGACCAGGGGGAGUCAUUGACAGGAGAGUCUUCUAUACCGACUUCCAGUAUAUCGUUGGAGGCUGUCACUACUCCCUCACCACCAUCAAGAAUGGCAUCCUCAGGCUGAACCGAAGGCAGCCUUACUCUUUGGUCAAGCCAUUUAGUGCUACAGAUAGACGAUUAGAGUUGGCUCUUGAAAAGCUGAACCCGUUGAUCCAUUUUGGGCUGUGCAAUGGAACCCGGUCGAGUCCAACUGUGCGAUUCUUCUCUGCCGACGGGGUAGAAGCAGAGCUCAGAUAUGCGGCGAGGGAGUUCUUCCUCAAUGGCGGGAUGGAGGUGGACCUGGGCAAGAGGACCGUGCAUCUCACCAGGAUCAUCAAAUGGUACAGCGUAGAUUUUGGGCAAGACAAUGAUAUCCUGAAGUGGGUUCUGAACUACCUGGAUGCCACAAAAUCUGGUCUCUUGACACAUCUAUUGAACGAUGGAGGUCCUGUAAACAUAGUCUACCAGAACUUUGACUGGUCGUUGAACUGCUGAGUUUACGCAAUCACUAGAUCCACUUAUUCAUAGCUGCAGGAAAUUGAAGUUUGCUUAGCUUUUUGGAAAUGGCAAGUUAGCUGAGAAUAUGUACCCGGAAGACCAUGGAAAGAAUAGCAUAUAGAAUAUAGUCAGAGAAUACUCUGUAUAUAAGUCCAUUAAGUUUGUUGCAGUCUUGCUCCUAGAAGGUUUAAAAGAGAAAAACCUGGUGUACCGAUCUUAUUUGAUGGUACUACCUGCUGCAAUGUGCCUCUCAAUAAACAAUGUAGUAGAGCACGGAAGAAUGCGGUGUGACCUGUAGAUGGAGCUGUUUGAUUGUUUGAGUGAAAGAUUUGUCUUCUGAUAGCAAAAGAGUUGUCUUCUGAUAGCUGAUUUGCAUAGUUGCUUUAUUAAUCGAUGUGAUGUCUGCUUUGAA